AUGUUGAGACACGCCCUUCUCAGAAGCAGCCAGGGUGUUGCCAGACUCCAGGCCCCUGUUGUAUCUGGGGCUUCUCUUUUCCAUACCUCCUCGGCCACCUAUUCGGCCCCAAUGCCAAAGUUUGGUCUUGCCAGACGUAAAACCCCUAAAGGUCAAAAGGGUCAAAAGAAAUCAAAGGUUUCUAAAGGUACUCCAGGUAACAACGAUUCAUUCAUGGAAUAUGUGCGUGAUAAAUCGAUUUCUUUAAAAGCCCCAAGCUUGGCCAGUGAUUUGGAAAACAUUGAAGAAAUUGUGCAAGCUAGAUUGACUGCCGAUAACAAGCUAGAGAAUAAGGAUACCCUUCCUCAAUUGACCAAAUACAGCGACGAUUCAUUGAAACGUCUCCAUCACAUUGGUGCUUUUCAAAAGGCUCAAUACCACGAAUUGUUCCGUGAAAAAGUGUCAUUAUUACGUCAAGAAACAUUGAAAAUUUGCAAUAAAUUGACCGAAAGCGCUUCAAAAUCCCCAAAGAUUGUCAUCACUGGGGAAUCCGGUAUUGGUAAAUCUACGGCUUUGGCCCAAGUCCAAAGUUACCUUAUGUCUAAGGACUCUAUUAUUUUCCAUUUACCAAAUGUUAAAACAAUAGUUGAUGGUACUUAUGAAUUCAAUUUGAACUCCAGCACAAACCUCUAUGAUCAACCAGGAUUAAUCAAAAAGGUUUUUAUCAAACUUUCCAAGUCAAACAAAGAAUUAUUGUCGAGUAUCAAGCUCUCUGACAACUAUACUUACGGUACCGCCCGUUUCUCCCCAGAAAAUCAUUCUUUGCAUGAUUUGGUUAUGUUACCUGCUAAAGUGCCCAAGAAUUUGUAUUCUUCUGUGUUCAAUGAUGUUGUCAAGGAAUUACAGAAACAAGAUAAAUACAGUGUUUACCUUACCAUUGAUGAGUUCAACAGUCUUGUGGAACACUCAGGCUCUGCUUACCGUGAUAUUGACUACAAUGUCAUUGGUAUUGAUAAGUUAUCGAUGGUGAAAUUUGCUCUUGAUUGGAUCAAGGGUGCCAUUGCUUUCCCUCGUGGUGGGGUGGUAUUGGCCAACAGCAGCAACUAUCAAGAAUCUUCUACUUUUAAAUUUGCCGUUGGUAUGGAACCAUUGAAUCCUUUCGAUGAAACAUUGGAUAAAUCUCUUGUCUCAUAUUUGAAGGAUGUUGAGGUUGUGAAAUUAGAAAAGUUGUCCCGUGAAGAAAUUGGCGAAUUGACCCAAUGGCAAUUGAACAAUGGUUUGAUCAUUUCCCAAGAUAUCUCCAUGUCAGAAGAUGGGGAAGUCGAUGUCCAAAAAUUGGUCAAUGAAAAGUACUUCUUGAGUAGUAAUGGGAACCCAAGGGAAUUUAUCAAGUCUUGUAACUUAUUAUACUAUUAA